CAAGUUCAACUUUUCUAGUUUCGACGGUCAUGAAGACUUUGCUUCAAUAUUACGGUCUAUGUUCAUCGAAACUUCCAGCAUUCGAUCCCGAACUUGCGAAGGCAUUAAAUGAGGGGAUGUACCAUAUAACUGUCAUCGUACCUGCUAUUCGAGCUUCAUUGAAAAAUCUUCCCAUAGGAGACGCUUUUUUUAUUAUAAAAUAUCUGGAAACAGUUUUUGAACUUAUGUACGCAGAAUGCUCGAGAUUAAUUUGUAGCCCACAAAAAAAGACCGACGAUAAGAUUAAGCUAUGGCGAGAAACUAAUGACGGACUAUAUUGGAAAAUGUGUUGGGAAGCUGACCUUGGCACCAGGAACCAGUUCCUUCCACAAGAUACAAUUUAUGUAUACGUGACAACCGCUACAGAGUAUCUGACUAAACGAGCCAAUGCAGCAAAUGACCCUGCUCUCAUCAUAGAUGGCAAAACUUUGGCCAAGAUAUUUGACUAUCCUGGCGAACUUAUUCAUGACGUACAACCCGCAUCCAAAAAGCAACGAAUAACAGAGAAGGAGGAUGGAAAAACGGGGUUCGUGGCAGACGGAGUGGCAGGG